GCACAGCCGUUGCGUGACUCUGCUGUCUGCGUCUUGCGCCUGAACCAGAGACAUUUUACGCACAGCUGAAAGACGAAGAGAAGUUCUUUUGCUGUCAAAUAAGGACAAUUAAGGAGGACAGGACAUGUUUGUGAUGUGGGGGGGACUCACCGGACUGUGCGCAUGUUGGUGUCUGCUGAUGCUGAUUCAUUUUCCUCCUCAAGCAGAUGCAGCCUUCACAUGCAGCUCCACUCAGUUUAAGUGUGGAAAUGGGAGGUGCAUCACCAGCAAGUGGACUUGUGAUGGAACUGACGAUUGUGGCGAUGGGACUGAUGAACUGCCUGCGACUUGCGCAACCAAAACCUGUCUGGAGACCGAGUACAACUGUGGUGCCCCCAUGAACCAGUGUAUACCAGGAGGAUGGCACUGUGACGGCAAAGCUGACUGUAAAAAUGGGGCUGACGAGAAAAACUGCACGGCCAAACAAUGCAAGGAUGGCCAGUUUCAAUGUGCCAAUGGCCAGUGUAUAUCCACCACCUUCGUGUGUGACAAGGACAACGACUGCUCAGAUGGCUCGGACGAGGUUCUUUGCCCCAAACCCACCUGCAACUCUCGUUACUUCCAGUGCAACAACUCGGUGUGUGUGCUGGCCUUUUGGCGCUGCGAUGGAGAAGAGGACUGUGCCGACGGGUCUGACGAGUGGCCGCAGAACUGUGAGGGGCAGGAUCCUGUGAAGACAGCGGUGCCCUGUGGAGUCCACGAGUUCCAGUGUGGAAACGGGCAGUGUAUCCACAGCAAGUGGUGGUGUGACGGAGGCUUCGACUGUCAAGAUCGAUCAGAUGAGGUCAACUGCAGUCGUCCUAUGUGUCGUCCCGAUGAGUUCCAGUGUAAUGACGGCACCUGUAUCUAUGGCAGCCGCCAGUGUGACGGAAAGCAUGACUGCAGGGACGAGAGUGAUGAGAAUGGCUGCCACAGAGUUGAUGUAUGUGAAGGCCCCACCAACUUCAAGUGUCGCAGCGGGGAGUGUAUCAGUAUGGAGAAAGUGUGCGACAAACAAAAAGACUGCAGCGAUUCAUCGGAUGAACCUAAAGAAUGUGACAACAACGAGUGUUUGACGAGAAACGGUGGCUGCUCCCAUUACUGCAAUGAUCUGAAGGUCGGCUAUAACUGCUCCUGCCGUGCUGGAUACACGCUCAACGUGGACAAGAAAACCUGUGCAGACAUCGAUGAAUGUACUGAACCAGACACUUGCAGUCAGAUCUGCAUCAACUUGCCUGGCAGCUACAAGUGUGACUGUGAGAAGGGCUACGAGAUCGACCCGGCGAGCAAGACAUGCAAGGCUGAAUCAGGCACGGUGCCCACUCUGUACUUCACCAACAAACAUGAGGUGAGAAAGAUUACAGUGGACCGCAGCGAAUACGUCCGUCUGAUCACUGGGCUGAAGAACGCGGUGGCUCUGGACAUGGACAUGCCUAACAAGAUGAUCUUCUGGUCCGACCUGUUUCUGAAACAAAUCUACAGCUCCAAGAUAGAUGUAGCCGAAAACUCCUCUCACCACACUGUAGUAAUUGGCAGUGGGAUUGAGGCCCCAGAGGGAAUUGCGGUGGAUUGGAUUCAUGGCAACAUCUACUGGACUGACAGUGUUUUGAGGACCAUCUCUGUGGCAACGACAGACGGCAGCAAGAGGAAAACCCUGAUCACAGAAAACCUGGAGAAGCCAAGAGCCAUUACAAUUGACCCCGUAAAUAACUUCAUGUACUGGACAGAUUGGGGUGAGGAGGCCAAAAUAGAGAAGAGUGGGCUGAAUGGAGGUGAUCGCAUUGCCCUGGUGACAGAUAACAUCAUGUGGCCAAAUGGCAUCACCCUAGACAUGGUCAAUCAGCGUCUGUACUGGGUGGACUCCAAGAUGCACACUCUGUCCAGCAUCGAUGUGAACGGAGGGACACGACACAGUCUCAUUUUCAGCGAGGAAACGCUCUCCCACCCCGUCUCUCUGACUGUGUUUGAGGAGAAAGUGUUUUGGACAGACAUGAGCAACAGUGCUGUUUUUAGUGCAAACCGCCUAACAGGAAAGAACAUCACCAAGCUGGCAAUGGACCUGGACCAGCCAGAGGACAUCGUACUGUACCACAGCCUCAAGCAGCCAAACGGUACAAACUGGUGCAGAGAGAGUAACAGUAUAAAUGGAGGUUGUGAGUUUCUGUGCCUCCCUGCACCUCUGAUCACCAAGCACUCUCCUAAAUUCACCUGCGCUUGUCCUGACAACAUGACCAUGGGACCUGACAUGAGGAAAUGUGUGACAGCAGCCUCAAUUGCACCCCCUGCUGAAACUGGUGCAACGCUCCCGCCCAAAGCUCCCCCAAAGUCUUCUAUGCCGAGGCAGCCUGUCCCUACCACUACAACAGCUGCACCUACAACUACGUUGUCUAGCCUGCCCACACAGAGCACAGUGGAGCCUGCCGCCACUGUUCAAGGUAACAGACUGGCAGCCCUGCCCGAAGAAUCCCCUUCAUCCCAUCCUGUCACUCUCUACAUCGUUUUGCCCAUAUUGGUCAUGUCCCUGCUGCUCUUUGGAGCAGUGCUGCUAUGGAGACACUGGCGCCUGAAGAAUACCAACACCAUCCACUUUGACAAUCCUGUGUACCAGAAAACCACGGAGGAUGAGCUCCACAUCUGCAGGAACAACUCUGAUGGCUACGUUUAUCCUCAGAGGCAAAUGCUAAGCAUGGACGACAUAGACGUUGCAUGACCCAAACAUGAAGAAGACACUAGCUAUAUUUGAAGGUUUUUUAUUUAUCGUCAUACGUGAGGUAACGAAGGCCAUUUUUUUCUACUGCUGCUGCUUGUCAGCCUCUUCCCUCCACCCUGUGAGCUCAUCUGUGGGUUAUGUUUCUGACCUCAGCACUGUGCCGUCCAAGUCUGAAGAAAAAACCUUUAAUAAAAACUAACAAAAUAGAGCAUAACUGCAGGAAGCCAUUUAUUCAGAUGGUUUCAAAAUGAAGGACUAAUAAAUGGUAUAAGAAGAUGUUCUUAAUCCCAGAGCCUUGACUCUUUUGAAGAAAAUGGUCUAUCUAAGCUUCCUGUUAUUUACCAUGAUGCAGAUAUUUGCUUACUUUGUCAUCAACAAAUCGCCUCAGUAUGUUGAUUAUCUCAAUACGCAUAAAACAAGUCACACGUCCUGCAACUUUAGCUUGAAAAGCCUGACCUAUAUUGUCUUAAGACUCGUGUGUGCCUUCCAUCCACACUCUGGCAGUUUAGUAAAGUUUAUUGAAUGCACAUAAAUGCCUUACUGACCCCACUACCUUCAAAAGCAGUUUCUGUGGUAGAUGCCAUAUUGCUUUAGCCCCACGCAGUGAUGACCUUCAUAAUUAUACUGCAGCCUUCUCUCUUCCUGGGUUUAGUGUUGCAUGUUUUGUUGGCUCCCAUAUCAGAGGCAUUUGUCUUUAAUAUCAUCUAUCAUAGUAUGUCUGAAAUGUAAGUCACAUUCAAAUCAGUACUCUUAUUAUUAUUUUUUUCCUUUUGGGACCCAUGUUAAAAGAAGGUAUCUUGACUGUGGAGAAUCACUGAUCGUUUACAUUGUAAAUGAAAAGCUGCUGCGUUUUCUGAAGUCAUCCAAAAUGAAGAAAUGGUUCUUUUUUAAAUGAAGAUAGUUAAUAUUAAUGUGAUUGUAGGUGAUACUACUUAUCACACAAAUGUAAAUAGUUUCUGUAAAUAUUUUGUAAAAUACUCUUUAAGUUCACUCUGGUGUUGCCUUUCUACAUUUGUAUAUUUGAAUCAAGAAAUAUUGUAAAUGUGUAAGAGGUUAUUUUAUUUAUUUAUGGAAAUAAAUGAGAGACGGUUUUUCAUUGUUAUCAUCUGGCUGUACAUAGAGCAAUACUAUAAAUAGCGCCCACCAAGGUGAAUUGUUUUGGUUCCAGCAAAGUCUGUCUAACCUUUACAUUGUUCAGCUGUUAUUUAACUUCAAUCAAACCUUUGUGCGUGUGUUACAUCCUGUAUGGGACAUUAUUGCAGUGCUAUAUGUUACAGAAAAAUACUGAAGAAACUCACUUUGUUCCUUACACCUUUGUUUGUUUCUUUUUCAGAAGCAAUUUAUUUAGCUUCUGCCUUCUGUUACGCAGACCUUUUGUUUUCACUGUGGUAUUAAGGCACAUAAAGUAGUGUGCGAAGCAUAAUGUUCUCUGUCACAGCUAACUUUAUGUAUGUAUGCACUGAUGCACAACAGCCCGCUUGUUAAUGCAGAUUGCUUUUUUUCAUUUUUGGUUGUGUUGGUCAAUUUUAAAUAAAAUUCAAAAAUUCAAAA